AUGCCAAAAGAUAGUGAGGAUGAGCCGAUAUUUGCUCGUGGCACUUUUGGCAGUGUUCGCUUAAAAAAGGGAAAUCCGACGAUCGUUAUCAAAGCUGUCAACUACAAUACCAACUCUGAGCAAGAUAAACGAUUACGACGCGAACUUGAUUUCAUGAUGAAAAGAAAUAAACAUCCAAAUAUUGUCACUUUCUAUGAGUAUCGCUUCGUGAAGGAGAAAAUGAUCUACGAAGAAACGAUCACAUUUAACGUUGCUCCUUUUUUCAAAGCUAACGAUAACGUACGCAUGAGACCGAUCGGCUUUGAUGGAACGAAAAACCCAGUGCCAGUAAAAGAUUUCGACGGAAGCGAAUUCCCGACUAAUGAGCUAUUCCUUGAUGCGAUUGAUAUAAACGCGCCGAUCGAGAAGAAGCUAGAUGACUACCAAGAAAAGAGUAAAAAAGAGUUUGACCGUGAGAGUAUGCUUUUUACAAAAGAUGUUUUCUUUGCUGACGACGCCGUGAAGAAGCAAAUUCUUCGAAUACAAGAGAUUGGGAUAGCAGUAGGGCAAGCCUAUCGACACAGUCUUGACAAAAUCGUGCCCGAUCCAAAACAUCUAAAGAAAGUCGACCGUAUGUCGGUGACUAUUAGAGCAAAGAAGAAAUUCGUGGUCUCUCUAAAUUUUUUCGCCAAAGUUCCAGGGAGUCGAGCUCAAUUUCUCGAUGAAAUUUUCUACGAGCUCUUGACCCCGAAUCCAUUUUUGUCGACCCUAUUGAAGCAGAGUUUUUCAGAAAAAAUGCUCAUUGAUGUGCUGACGAGUUUCUAUCAUUUGCAUUUGGUUCCAUUUCACGAAAGUAGCUACAGUUUGAGGAGAUUAUAUUUCAAAGCAUUCGAAUGUUUAAUCGAAGCCAACCAGACACCAUUUGAUCAGCUAUCAGAGAUGAAAAAUCGAAUCCUCGACGUGAUUUCUCUGCUUAAGCGCGAAAAGAACAAGAAAGCAAAUCAAGAAAUCAUUCCGUUAGCCUGCUAUCGUGAUGAGUCGCAAAUAUGGAUUCUACUCUCGAAAAAUGAAAAGCACUUUAUGAAAACAAACUUUUUAGAGCAUCGAUAUCUGGACGGAGAAUUUGCAAAAACGUUCACCGAAUUUCAUUUAAAUCUGGGUGAAAAAAAGGUUAAGGUGUUGAAACUGAGCCGCCUUUAUGGUUUCAAUAUGAGCUCCCUGCUGCAAAUACUCACAAAUAAGUUGAAUGAAAUUGAGGAAGACCUCGUAAACAGAGAAAAGGUAUCAAGCAGUCACAAAUGGUUGGAAAUGCCAAUGUAUGAGCCGCAUAUAAAUUAUAUUUUCGAUUUCAACUCUUCUCCGGCCGACCCUCAAGCAACCAUGUUCUCCGAAUUGGAUCAAGAGUCGCUGGAGGAAUUGAUUGAUGCUCAUUCAUUCUAUUGUCGCUCCUCGCCAUAUAAAUUAAAGUUUAUGUCCUCUUUGUAUAGAAUUUUCGGGAAAUCGGAUCGACAAGAAAAAGUUGAGCAUUUCUUGUUUCGACGCUUGAAAAAAACGGGAAACCAAUCACAUCAGUUGCUGUUAUUAGAAAAGGUGACAAGUGUGAGCAAACGAGUGGUCUAUUGCCUCAAUUUCGAUCAAUCUCAUUUUGAGAAACGAUGGGUUGCGCUUGAUUCGGUGGACAGUGUUGUCGUGAAACAUUCACUUAUCGAUUUUCAUCAAGCAUUCAUGGAGGCAAAGUCGAAAAAUGUUGUUGAUUUGACCACAAAAAUC